GUUGCUGUCUGAAUCUGGAGCCACACAGCAUCACAGCAGGUUUUAAUAUGUCUGGCACUUCUAAUAAUAUUUGUCACGAUGUAAGGACCUCCAGCACUCCUUCUGUUGUUCUAUAAAUUGUUUCUCUCCUCUUCACUUGUUGAGAGGACUGCUGCUCUUUUCUCUGCUCCACUGACUCGAUCAUCCACGCUCUUCAGCUGCAGAUCAGUGGAGGAGCGCGAGCGCAGCAGGACUCGUUGCAGCGACAUUUCUGCAAACAGGGACUCACACCGAGACGCAAUGCAGGGGAACGAAAAGGCUGUGGAUGGCGGUCUGCUUCCUGACGCCAAUGGAAAAGACCCAAACCCACCAGGGCAGACAGAGGGCUCCAAGUGGCAGAAACCUCGGCUUACGCGUAAAUCUCUGAUGAAAUGCUGCCUUGUCAAGUGGAUUAUCGCCAGUACCACGCAACAAGGGCCAGACAGCAGUGACAGCGACCUUGAGCUCUCUAUGGUGCGGCACCAACCUGAAGGCCUUGAUCAGCUCCAAGCCCAGACUCAGUUCACCAGGAAGGAGCUCCAGUCCCUCUACAGAGGCUUCAAAAAUGAAUGUCCCAGUGGGCUCGUGGACGAGGAAACUUUCAAGACUAUUUACUCACAGUUCUUCCCUCAAGGAGAUGCAACCAUGUAUGCACAUUUCUUGUUCAACGCCUUUGACAUUGACAGAAGUGGAUCCAUCCGGUUCGAGGACUUUGUGAUAGGAUUGUCUGUGCUGCUCAGAGGUUCAGUCACAGAGAAGCUACGAUGGGCGUUCAACCUGUAUGACAUCAACAAAGACGGCUACAUCACCAAAGAGGAAAUGAUGGCAAUAAUGACGUCCAUUUAUGACAUGAUGGGCAGGUACACUUUACCCAGCGUACGAGAGGAUUCACCAUCUGAGCACGUGGAGAGAUUCUUCCAGAAGAUGGAUCGGAACAGAGACGGAGUGGUGACUAUUGAUGAAUUCAUAGAAACAUGCCAAAAGGAUGAAAACAUAAUGGCCUCCAUGCAGCUUUUUGAAAACGUCAUCUAGUUCCUGCCGAGGGAAGUGGAUCUGUAUUUCAGCUGAAAGCUUCCAGGCCUGAAAUAACCCGAAUGAGGAAAAUCUGGGUCAUGCCACACAUUUGACACAUUUAACUUCUAACAGGCAACCACUAAUUUUGUUUCCACAAAGCUGGUCUAUGCAGAGAGAGUUCAACAAAUCACUUGAAGACGUUUCUUUGCAUGACGGUCUAUCUUUUGUUUUUGCACAUGAAGAAAAUGUGAAAUGAAGAUGUCAUCAUUGCCAGAUGAGCAUGAGUAUUUGCACAACAUUUAAAAGCACGUGAUGCAAACCACUCUGAACAUUGUUGACAUCUUGGACAGAUGUUGUUUGUUACUGUAUCAUAAUGUAAAGAAAAGGUUUAUGUUUCUAUGUUCAUUAGAUUUUUGUGUAAAUGUGAUGCCAAGUCAUUGUCAUGACCUGAAAUAUACUGAAAUAAAUAUCAACCUUCA